GGACCGGAAGAGAGCUGAAGACACAGUCGGUGGACCAGAAGUGUAGUUUUUAGUCUGUCCUAACAGCAACAAUCAGAGCAAACGCUGCUGGUCCUUGAACACAGACCCUCGUUCUGACUGAUGGACUGGUGGACCACAUGGACCACAUGGACCUGACCUUCUCUUCUGCCUCUGAGCUCCUCAGCUGAUGUCAAACCAGCAGCCUCCAUCUGGCUAGCACUACGUUAACCACAAUCCUUUGCUCUCACGCUGAAAACUCGCGGAGGUCAAAACAAAACCGACAGGCGGUGUUCAGGUCACAGUGGACGGUGUGGACAUCCAGAGUGUCUCCUGAAGCUGCAGGAACCUGCUGAGGGAAUCAGGAGAAGCUGCUGGAGAACUUUAGAGGAGAACCUGCCUCUAGUUGUUGGGUUCCUCUGAUGGCUGGUCGGCUUCUUAAAGUUUCCUCUCUGGCCACAGCAGUGUUUGCCUCCUCAGGGUUUUACCUCUACAGCAGACAGCUGGACCUCAAUGACCUGAGCGUCGUCCGCUUUGGCCGAGCUGCAGCCACCACGGCGGUCAUCAGCUACGACUACCUGACAGCUUUCAAACACGUGGAACAUGGAACAAAUGAGUACUGGGCCAUCAAAUCCAAGGUGCAUCGGCGAUCAGCAGAACGUCUUCGAGACUUGUGUUGCGCCAACCGGGGAACUUUCAUCAAGGUCGGCCAGCACCUCGGUGCUCUGGACUACCUGCUGCCUGAAGAAUACACGUCCACGCUGAAGGUCCUGCACAGCCGAGCUCCUCAGAGCAGCAUGGAGGAGAUCCAGCAGGUCAUCAGAGAAGACCUGGGGAAGGAGUUGUCAGAAUUAUUUGUCUCGUUUGAGGAGAAGCCUCAGGGUGCCGCCUCCUUAGCCCAGGUCCAUAAGGCGGUGCUGCAUGACGGGAGGACAGUGGCCGUCAAAGUCCAGCACCCCAAAGUACAGAGACAGAGCUCCAAAGACAUCAUGGUGAUAGAGGUGUUGGUUCGGGCCGUCCAUUGGCUCUUCCCAGACUUCGCCUUCAUGUGGUUGGUGGAGGAGGCCAAGAAAAACAUGCCACUGGAGCUGGACUUCCUGAAUGAGGGACUCAACGCUGUGAAGGUGUCCAACAUGCUGGCCGACUUCCCCUUCCUCAAGGUUCCUAUGAUCCACUGGGAUCUUUCCACAAAGAGGAUCCUGACCAUGGAGUUUGCAGAAGGAGGGCAGGUCAACGACAGGGACUACAUGAAGAAGCAUGACAUCAAUGUCAAUGAGAUCUCUGAGAACCUGGGUAAGAUAUACAGCGAAAUGAUCUUUGUCCAUGGCUUCGUUCACUGUGACCCCCACCCCGGCAACGUGUUGGUCCGAAAGUGUCCCCAGAGCAAGAAGACCGAGAUCGUUCUGCUCGAUCACGGCCUGUAUCAGGUCCUGCAGCCAGACUUCAGGUUGGACUACUGUCGGCUGUGGCAGGCUCUGAUCAACAGCGACAUGUCUGGGAUGGAGCGUUACAGCCGCAGACUGGGAGCUGGAGAUCUGUACCCGCUGUUUGCUUGUGUGUUGACCGCUCGGUCCUGGAAAGCUGUGAAUGCUGGAAUCAGUUCGGUCCCUGUUACACACUCCGAGGACGUAGAGAUCCGGACCAACGCAGCUCAGUACCUGCCCCAGAUCAGUGAGCUGCUGAACCGAGUGCCCCGACAGAUGCUGCUGCUGCUGAAGACCAACGACCUGCUGAGGGGCAUCGAGACCACUUUACAGACCAGAGCGUCCUCCUCGUCUUUCAUCAACAUGUCCCGCUGCUGCAUACGAGCCAUGGCCAGGCACAAGAGAAGUAAGGCUCGGUCUGGGAGGAGGCGUCUCCAGAUCACGCUGGCAGAGUCUCUGAGCCUGUGGAAGCUCUCUGCGUACGAACUGCUGCUGUGGCUGAAAGGCUCCAUGAUGGGACACUGGCUCGCCGCUCUGCUGGCACUCCUGCACUGAGACACAUCUGGACGUCACACUGGAGCAUGAGCAACAGGCUGGAACUACAAGAUCUCAAGGGGUUUUUAAUACACAUGUUAACGUGCCCAUACACCCACUCACACACACGAAGAAGCUCCAAUUACGUUAAUGACAAAAUUUGUAACUUUAGUACACACAAGGACUCAACAUGUUGAAGUCUGUGGUGGCUGCUCGGCUACCACAACAUUUACAUCUGUUCACUCAGCAGGGUCAGUGUUUAUUUAUUUUCUUCAUGAUUGUGACAUAAUUUUACGGUAUAUGUUUAAUAUUAAUACUAAAUGAAUUUUUAUAGCAUAGACCCUGAAAUUGACUGAAACCAUCAUCCAAAAAGAGUAUCUACACCUUGCAGGAGAUUAGACCCAGAACCUGUGCUCACAGACCACAUCUGGCAACCUGCACAGUAGUGAGAGAACAAACAAAGUGGAUUAAAUAGAAAUGUUUUGGGAGAUCAUAAGGACAUAUACAUGUGUCACCACAGACGGUGAUGCAGCAGACACGUGGGUGGAAAUAGAAGAGAAGGUCAUAAUCAGAUGCUGGAUAAUUCACCUUCUCCUCCAUGUCAGGACUAAAGAGGGACAUCCCAGAACACUAUGUACCAACAAAGUGACGAGGACUGCUGAAAACCAGAUGCUAACCUGACAUGAAGAGUAAUUAUCUGACUUAUGCACAGUCUUUAUGAGUCUUUAGUCGCUGUCUUUAAUCACUGCAGAGGUGAUACGUAGUUCAAUCCUGAUAGUGUUUCUACCUGGAUGAUGUUGGACUAUUGGUUCAUUCCUGCUCCUCAACAAAAUACCUCAUAUCACAGAAUUUUCCGGUGAUGCAGAAUGCUUAAAAAGUUUAGGUUUUUCCAUUGUUAUGUUACUGUACAGAGUGUCCCUAAAGUCUGGACACACAGGAAAUCUCAUUAAGUAUAUAAUUGUUUUGCCUUCACAGAUUAAAUAUAGCUUUGUUGAAAGAAGAAAGAGUUGAACUGGAACUUCUCAGUGGACGUGAAGGAUGGACAUAUGGAAAGAUAGAGUUAGGGUUAGGUAGGGUUUGUAGGGUUAGGUUUAGGUAGGGUUAGUAGGGUUGGGGUUAGCAGGAUUAGGUUUAGGGAGGGUUUGGGUUUGGUAGGUGAUUUUUUGGAGGGGCUCACUUGAAUUUUAGCUAUGACCAAUCCUUUAGUUUGGGCUGAUACAUUUGGUCAUCCAGAACAGGGUUUGUCCAUGGCACUGCCCGUUUCAUUAAACUUUUUAACCACGUUCACCACCAUGGAAAAGCCAAGUGGAAUCCUCCUAAAUUCAUCUGCUGUCUUUCCAUAUGUCCAUCCUUCACUGAGAAGUACCAGUUCAACUCUUUCUUCAUUCCACAAAGCCAUAUUUAAUCUGUAGAGACAAAAAAAUAAUAGUUAAUGAGAUUUCUUGUGUCUCCAAACUUUAAAGACAGCCUGUACAGUGAUGGAUCAUGUUUACUCUUUCAUUGUUGUUCAUAGAUCAGAUACUGUACACUCAUUCCUCAAACACACCGCUCACAUUUUGGACAGUCAGGGUUUGACUUUCUGUGGUUUGUCCAAAAUGUGACGCAAAUGCUUCUGUGGGUCUGUUCUCCUCAGCUCAUUGCCUUGUUUGAGUCUUUAUUCUUUACUUAUUUUUGCAGAAAGUGGCUUAAAUUCUGUACUUCCCUCUCCUCAUAUUUAUACAACUUUAUAUUUAUGUAUCCAAUAGAAGUGAGUACACCCCUGUUCAGUGUCAUUUCAGUGUCAAAUUAUUGGAAAUUGUAUCAUCUCACAGUAACUACUUUACUCCUAAGUUGAACGUUAGAGUAUUUGCUUGUAUCGUCUUAUAGAGUAACAGUACAGAUUUAUUAUAUUCAAAUUAAUGGCCCCAAAGCAGGAAUCAACCACAGUCAUUACUGGAGUUCAAACCUUUACUUUUUCAAAUACUUUUUAUGUCCACCUGUAUUUUUGAUGACAGACUUAAUUCUCCUGUGUGUCUGGAGAGAUGUUCUGCCGUUCUUCACACUUUUAUAUUUUAGGUGUUCUUUGUGUUCUUAUGGAUUUAGGUCAGAUGUCAUAUUUGACUAAGUCAUAGUUUUCAUGUUUUUGUUCUUUAGAAACUUUAGUGAUUUUGGAAGCAUUGUCCUGCUGGAAUAUUCCUCUUUUUCCAAGGAUCAGCAGACUGGGAAUCGUCUUUUGGUGUAUCCACAGACAUUCAUGGUGCAUCUAUAAAUCAAAUCUCUCCAACAUCUUUUUGUAAUCAUGCAGUCCCAUUUCAGCACACUCCCACCUCUGUGUUUCACUAUAGUGCUUGAUGGGUUUAAACCAGACAUGUUGGACUCCAUCUGAACCGGACACAUUUAUCUUGGACUUCUGUCACACAACCACAUUUCUCCCAUGCAGACGACACAGGCCAACUGAAAACAAUCUGCUUUUCACAGGACAUUUUUUAACCAUGUUCACUGAGUAAUUGAAAAUCACAGGUGUAAUCAAAUUCUCUUUCAAUCAUCACAAGUCUAUUCACUUUUGUCACAUUAACUUCCUACUUAAGGGGCCUAUAUUUUAAUAUCGAUUUUUUAAAAGUGUUUGUCUUUUGAUUGUUCAUGAGUGGAAAUGCUCUAUUGUUCAACUUAGAAGUAAUGGAAUUAUUCAUCGGUGAUACCCUUCAGAAUCUUUUGACAUUUAAGUCAUAUUGCUUUUGUGGAAUGCUGUACCUUGAGAGACCUUGCUUUGUCCGUUCAGUGCAGAGAAGUGUAAUGUAGAUGUGUUUGUUAGGAGCACCAUGUCAGAACUGUGUGCCAGUGUUACAUCACUCCAAUCAUCUGUUAUUUCUGGAGUCUGUUUGCACUGAUACAGGCAGCUCUUGGAGAUUUUAAUGAAAAAUAAAGAUGUAUUUAUACCAGCA